AUGGUGCGCAUCGCUCUCCCUGUUGAUACCCUACCGACCACCCAUUCAGGAUGCGCUGACCAUACCACAAACCAGCCUCACGCCGACUCCUCCUACUUCUCAACCUCCCAAGAACCCACCAAGGCAGAGGCCAGCGCAAUUGGGUCAGGUAAUCACCCGCCUCCCUGCCGACGCAACCAAGCACAUAAAGACCUUGAUCCUCUCCUAACAGCUCAACCCAGCAACUUCUCCAAUAUCGCCUCCCUCCUCUGGCACGCCUACGCCGCCCUCCCAUCCCCCUCCUCCUCCGUAAACUGGGCUGGCUUCUACAUCCGCCAGGAUAAAUUCCCCGCGCUCGGUUCCCAGAACACACGAAGCAACAGCACCAAUAACCUCCUGCUGCUAGGCCCAUUCCAGGGCCGCCCUGCUUGCCAGGAGAUCCGCUUCGGGCGCGGCGUGUGUGGCACCGCAGCGGAGAAGCGCGAGACGGUGAUUGUGCCGGAUGUGUUGAGUUUCCCGGGACAUAUUGCCUGUGACGCGAGUAGUCGGAGUGAGAUUGUGGUGCCGAUUCUUGUUGGCGGGGAGACGGUUGCGAUCAUCGACGUUGAUUGUACGGAGCCGGCUGGGUUCGACGAGGAGGAUAAGAAGUGGUUGGAGGAGCUUGCGUCGCUUUUGGCGGAGUGUUGUGAUUGGUAA